CGUCAGUCCCACAAGUGAAAUAGAGUUGCAGAUUUCUUCUUCUUCUUCGUCUUCAUACAGUUUGAUACAUCAUAAGAAAUAGUUGAAUAACAGCUUUUAUAAAAAUGUCUUCUACCCACCAUACAUACGAUGUCAUCCCCUCGGAGACUGCAGAAAGCGAGCGGUUGAACUCGAUCGACGAUUUGUUGUCAGCGUCACGUGACAUGGGUAGUGGCGGCAGACCUCUUGAGACUGAUGACGAGUACGAAUAUUAUGACUUCGUAAACGGCACAAACGACGAUAUAAGAUGUGCAAACAGAGUGCGAGUUGCAUUCAUAACGGUCAUUGUAAUUAACUGUAUUCUUUUGGUCCUCUUUGUUAUUGCCAAGACUCCCGUGGGUCAAUUUCUGUGGGAAGAAGACCGCGAAGUUCCGAAAAGUGACCGAUUUAGGCAGGACAUCGUGUCUGAGGAGAUAACGGAUAACUUCAAACUGUGCACGGUUUGUGAGAAGAUUAAACACAAAGUACGACACCCGUACAACUUGGAACAAAUCAGGUUGGAAACGCACCCUGAUGUCUGCUGCUUCCAGAAAAUGAAUCAACUCUUCUGGUUCUUCGAAAAGAACGUUGAAGAUGCUAUUCAAGACAAGAAAACUGAAGGAACCGAGUACAACGCUGACAACAUAUUGACGACGGAAACCCUUAAAAAACCCAUUGCUCAUUUGCUUCUUGCUCGUAUGACAACUUCUUUGUUGAAGUUUGACUAUAACAGUAGAAUCGAAUGGAGUACAUUAACAGACAAUGGAAUUCGACUGGAAUUCAACAAUACGUUCCUGGUAGUUCCGAAGAAUGGGUUGUAUUUUGUAUACGCCCAUGUUAAAAUACAAAUGCUUUCAGAAUGUCCGAAAUUCAAAAUAAUGUUAAAAGAAAGGGAAAGGGAAAGAACUCUUGUAGAAACUUCAAUACAUCUUCGACAACCAGCAUCAACACUAGAGGGUGUUUUCUUUCUACGGAAAAACGACAUGCUAAAAGUUGUGACAUUAUCCUGUAGCAUUGAUACAGCUGAUAACAUUUAUAACUAUUUCGGAAUAUACCAGGUAUAAUCCGCAAGAGCAUUAUUAUGCAGUGGUCAGUCACCGGCCUCGGUGUCAUGGUUAGGCCAUCGGACUACAGGCUGGUAGGUACAGGGUUCACAGCCCGGUACCGGCUCCAACACAGAGCGAGUUCUUAAGUGUUCAGUGGGUAGGUGUAAGACCACU